GAGGUGAAGGUGGAGCUGUCCCUCCUGGAGAAGGAGAGGGAGGUGGACGGCCUGUCCCCCAACGGGAAGGCCAGCCCCCUGGGCGACCGCCGGCCCAACGGGGCCCCGGGCCACUGCUCCGACGAGGAGGCCCCGCCCCCACGCCUCUACUCCAAACCCCGCGACUACGUGGAGGCCACCAUCUGCCACGUCAAGGACCUGGAGAACGGACAGAUGCGUGAGGUGGACGUGGGCAGCGGCAGAGCUCUGCUCAUCAAGGAACACGGAGAGUUCUCCGCCAUCGCACACAAGUGUCCGCACUACGGCGCGCCACUGGUCAAAGGUGUGCUGUCUAAAGGCCACAUCCGCUGCCCGUGGCACGGGGCCUGCUUCAACAUCGCCAGCGGGGAGCUGGAGGACUUCCCGGGCCUGGACAGCCUGGCCACCUUUCAGGUCCGGGUGGAGAAGGACAAGGUGAUCAUCCGAGCGAACAAGCAGGCGCUGCAGGCUCAGAAGCGCUCCAAGCCUAUGUCGCGGUGCUCGGCGGUCAUCAACUCCAACACGGGCUUCAGCCACGUGCUGAUCAUCGGCUCAGGCCCGGCCGGGCUGGUGUGUGCGGAGACGCUUCGACAGGAGGGCUUCACCGACCGCAUCGUCAUGGUGACGGCGGACCGCCACCCGCCCUACGACCGGCCUAAACUGAGUAAGUCUCUAGAGAGCACCGCUGAGCAGCUCAGGCUGCGCUCGCCUGAGUUCCUGCAGGACCACGACAUCGAGGUGCUCACCGAGAAGGAGGUGGCGGUCGUGGACGUCAAGAUGCGGGCGGUGACCUUUGUGGACGGCUCGAGGAUGGAGUACAGGAAGCUGUUCAUCGCCACCGGAAGCAGACCCCGACCAAUGAGCUACCAGGGAAUGGACGUGGCCAACGUCUUCCACCUGGGGACCCCCGACGACGCCAACAGCAUCGCCCGGCUGGCCAACAACAGGAACGCCGUCGUCGUGGGAACCUCCUUCAUCGGCAUGGAGGUCGCGGCUGCCCUGACAGACAAGGCCCACUCUGUGUCCAUCAUCGGGAUCGAGUCCAUCCCCUUUAAGAAGGCUCUCGGGGAGAAAGUAGGGAAAGCCAUAAUGAAGCUGUUUGAGGCGAACAGGGUGAAGUUCUACAUGCUGAACGAGGUCUCGGAGAUGAAAGGCCAACAUGGAGAGCUCAAAGAGGUCGUUCUGAAGAGCGGGAAGAUGCUGAGGGCCGACGUCUGUGUCAUCGGAACAGGAUCGGUUCCUGCUUCGGGCUUCCUGAAGCAGAGUGGGAUCCACAUGGACUCCAAAGGCUUCAUCACUGUCAACAAGGCGAUGCAGACCAACGUGGAGGGGGUGUUCGCCGGCGGGGACGUGGUGGCCUUCCCCUUCCCUCAGCGCAACAACAAGAAAGUGAACAUUCCUCACUGGCAGAUGGCCCACGUCCACGGGAGAGUGGCAGCACUCAGCAUGAUGGGGAAACCCGCAGAGGUUCAAACGGUGCCUUACUUCUGGUCGGCCAUGUUUGGGAAAAGCAUCCGCUAUGCAGGUUACGGUGAAGGCUUUGAUGACGUCGUCAUUCAAGGUGAUCUGGAGGAGCUGAAGUUCGUGGCCUUCUACACCAGGGGUGAGGAGGUGGUGGCGGUGGCCAGCAUGAACUACGACCCCAUCGUGUCGCGCGUUGCUGAGAUCCUGGGCUCGGGGAAGUUGAUUAGGAAACGGGACGUGGAGACAGGAGACAUCUCCUGGUUGAGCGACAAAAGCUCUCAAUGAGGAGCCCUGCGUGGCCCCCAGGGUCCGUAUGAACGCCCCCCCACCCUGGAGCCCGACACGGUGCUGGGACCCCUCACCCCGGUCUGGGGGGGGCUCCGCUGGGGAGGGACCCCCGGAGGAGCGCCCUGACCUGGUCCCUCCCCCGGGACGGGUUUAAGCUCCGCCCCUCUGAGGACCCGGAGGACUGAGGCUCAUGGCCCGAGUCCCGGACGUUCCUGAGUGACACUCGGGUUGGGCCAAUCCUGCUGUGAGAUGUAUUUCAUGCCAGUACGUCGUGUUUCCCUAACUCACUAAAGCUUCACCGGUGUGGGGAGGCUGGGAACUCGCUCUUCUCCUGUAUGUACACAUUGUUUAUAAGAUGCCAGGGUUGGGCAUUGGCUAUUUUUUACAAGCAACACUGUACAUAGCUACGAUCCCGAAUGGGGAUCAUUUUGACAGAAUAUCUAUCUUGUUGUAAGCAUCAACUUCCUGCUUAUGGUAUGUUACCCCAAUCCUGGGAUGUAAACACGUUGAAGAGCAGUGCACCUGCAUGGUCCCACUCAUAGAAUAGGAGACACAUCUUCACUACAGAGACAUCGUGACCCGUUGAAAAGACACAAGAAACCAAAGGGCCUUUGUCUUCCAGGGCAGCAAACCCCAUUCUCCCCUUGUCACGCGUUAGAUCACUGAGAUGUGCACAGCUGUAGUUCUCAUAACGCCCGUGGAUUAGAGGUCACUCCCUCGGUGACAUAGCCUCACUAAUAGACUGUCACUAAUAGACUGCAAAAAAACGAAUUCUAAAUAUACUUUAUUGCUAGUGCUUGCACCAUAGAAUACCUUCUAAGACUAAAACAUA